CUAAAUUGAGCUCGUUUGAGUGCUGACAGACGAUUAGAGUAGAUAGUCCUCCUGUGCCUUUAGAUAGAUAGGUGCAGAGAGAGAAAGGGCUUUCUGGAUGGGAAUUUUCCGCAAUGUACCGUUCGUGACAUCGAGGCACUGGCGCGCGCUCUAACAAGACACUGUCAUUAAGCGAUAGUUGCGUCUCUACCUUUAAUUGUUAAAGAGACUUCGGAAUGCGAAGAGACAUCGGGUCAAACUGGCAAAUAAUACAAAAUGAUCAGUUCUGUCUACGAGCACGCGUAGUUCUGUCCUCGUUAUUGUAGUUGUCUUGAUCUGACAUAACGGCGUUUUGAUUCUAGCCCACUCUGACAGUUCAGUUCUUUUGUCACUACAGUGACUUGCUGCUUGUGAUGGUAGUGUGCAGUGACGUUGUGGCGCUUUGUCCGUGGCUACUGGCGAAGUGCGCUGGAGAGAUAUAGUUGUAUUACAUCAGUGCACCAAGUGACUGGUGUGCGACACAGAGAAGAGAAAGGGCUCUGGCUGAAUGGUGCGUGUUGAGGGAGGGGUGUUAAUUAUCAUAAAAAUUUGUACUAGUCGCUCAAGAAGCAUUUAAGCACCAUUUAGAGUAGAGGUGCAUUCAUGGAAUGCGACUGUGACCGCUUCCCACUGCCUAUUUAACUUUGACCAAGACAAUACAGAGGAGCGUCAGAGAAGGCUGGUAGAGGUGAUGGCAGAGACAACCCUGGAGCCACUGUCCUCUCUGGACGUAGCCAUCGAUCCGGAUUUUGAGCCACAGAAACGGCCAAGAUCAUGCACUUGGCCACUGCCAGAGUCCAGCUCGGCGAAGCCUGCAUCCAAUGACACUGACAUAAUCCCAGAGGAAGAGGAUGAUGAGGAUGACAAUGCGAUGGCAAUCAACGCCAACAGCGUGGGUGAAGGAGAGGACAAUGGCAGCCCAAGCCUGGCUGAGGAACUGCAACCCGCUAGCGGUCAGGAGAACACAGGCUCCCCGCUUUCUUCUCACCCCACUUCUGCAACCACGGCGAGUCCGGAGGCGAGCGGUCAGGGCAGCCAACAGCAAACUCCCCGGAAGUCAUCUUCAAGGAGGAACGCAUGGGGCAACCUGUCCUACGCAGACCUUAUCACAAAAGCCAUAGAGAGCACCCCAGACAAGAGACUGACAUUGUCCCAGAUCUAUGACUGGAUGGUCAGAAGCGUCCCAUACUUUAAAGACAAAGGCGACACAAACAGCUCAGCUGGUUGGAAGAACUCCAUCCGGCAUAACUUGUCCUUGCAUAGCCGUUUUAUCCGUGUACAGAAUGAGGGGACUGGAAAGAGCUCGUGGUGGAUGAUCAAUCCUGAAGGGGGGCGGGGAGGUAAAGCGCCAAGGCGACGUGCAGUCUCCAUGGACAAUGGUAACAAAUACACCAAAACUGCACGUGGGCGUGCAGCCAAGAAAAAGGCAGCGCUGCAGGCUGCCCAGGAGGGUUCGCUGGAGAACGUAUCUGCUGGUGGUCUGUCCAAGUGGCCAGGAAGUCCCACUUCCCGGAGCAGCGAUGAACUGGAAUCCUGUUGGACUGACUUCCGCUCACGAACUAACUCCAACGCUAGCACCCUGAGUGGACGCCUGUCACCUAUCCUGGCCAAUCCAGAGCUUGAUGAUGUUCCAGAUGGCCCACCCCUGUCUCCAAUGCUCUACUCCAGCCCCAGCAGUCUUUCUCCUCCCUCGUCGUCCUCAUCAAACUCCAAAACGUGCCCUGCUGAACUUCCAGGGCUAGCUGACUUGACUGGCACAAUGAAUCUCAAUGAGGCUGACAACCUAAUGGUCGAUCUGUUGGACAACAUCGCCACACAAGUGCAGGUAGUUCAAGGGUCUUCUGCGUUCAGUUUUGGCUCCAAGAGCACCACAUCACCCACAAGCUCCUCUUCAUCCCAAACUGUGAGCAACAACACCGGUGGAUUCAGUAACACCAUUUUUGGGUCUACAGCAGGAGGCCUACGUCAGACGCCCAUGCAGACCAUCCAGGAAAACAAGCAAAUGUCAUUCUCUAGCGUUUCUUGUUUUGGGAACUCACUUCAGGAGCUGCUGAAUUCUGAUUCUCUGGUCACACACAGUCAUAGUGACGUCAUGAUGACGCAGUCGGACCCACUCAUAUCACAGGCCAGUGCUGCUGUCACCUCUCAAAACUCCCGUCUUCGCAAUGGCCUCAUGCUGCGUAAUGAUCCCAUGAUGUCAUCCUUCAGUUCUGUGCUCAAUGGGCGAAGCAGCCACCUCCAGAACAAGCAACAGGGGUCCAAUGUCCAGGGUUCUUUGCGUUCCCUCUCCAACAACAGGGCGCAAAGUCUAGCUAACAAUGCUAAUAAUUUAGUCUCUGCAAAACAGCACCUCCAGCCACAGCCCUCCAUGUUGAUGACCGAGACUUCGCUUUACUCUGGCCUGAAUGGAAGUAACGGGGUGGGGAUCUGUCACCCCUCAGGAACAGAUCGUUUUCCAUCAGACUUGGACCUGGACAUGUUUAACGGCAGUCUGGAUUGCGAUGUGGAUUCCAUAAUUCGCUCAGAACUAAUGGACUCUGAUGGACUGGAUUUUAACUUUGAUGCACUGGUGCAAAACGCCGUUAGUCUGAAUCCUGUGGGAAACUUCACUGGGACGAAGCAAUCCACUCAAAGUUGGGUGCCUGGCUGACGGCAGUCAUUUAGGCUCAGAACUGCAGAGAAAACAACAAACAAUAGAAUAACAACUACAAAGAAAUAUCCUGC